AUGGCCUUGCCCUUGGCUUUCCUGCUGGCCCUGGUGGUGCUCAGCUGCAAGAACACCUGCUCUCUGGGCUGUGACCUGCCUCAGAUACACAACCUGGGUCUUGAAACUCCUGAGAAAAAUGAGGAGGGGGCACUGACUCUCCUGCAAAAAAUGAGGAGAAUUCCCACUUUCUGCUGCCUGAACGACAGAAAGGACUUUGCCUUCCCCCAGAAGCUGUUGGAGGGUGAGAAGGUGCCGAGGGCUCAAGCUGUUGCUGUGCUCCAGGAGAUGACCCACCAGAUCUUCCGCCUUUUCGGCACCCAGGAGGCCUUUGCUGCUUGGAACAAGACCCUCCUGGACACCUUCCUCAGUGGCCUCCAUCAGCACUUGGAAGACCUGAAAGCCUGUGUGACCCACCAGGUGACGCAGCAAAAAGCUCUCGGAAUAACUGUUAGAAAAUACUUCCGCAGGAUCACUGAUUACCUGAAGGAGAAUGAAUACCUGCCUUGUGCCUGGGAGAUGGUCAGAACAGAAAUCAUGAAAUUCUUGUCUUCUUCACCUAAGUUAUAUGAAAGAUUAAGGAGCAUGGAACGAGACCUGGUCCAGCAGGGAAAUGCUUCUCCCUGA